AGAAACCAGAGAUAGAAACUACUUUUUUCAACAUACACAGUCCCUUUCUGCCUUUGUACACAAAUACAAAGUAUGGACCUGAGGACCUUGGACGUUACAUUACAUAUCUUUUUACUGUAAAUAUCUGAAAUUAGUCGUAUCAGGGGACGUUUAUAAUUUGUAUCAAGUUGUCCUAUUCCCUCAACCCGAGAGAGCAAGCAAUUUUGGAAUUAAUUUCACAUUUACGACAUUACAUAUAUAUACAAAAGUUUCCAGGUGAAAAUGAUAAAAUCGUAAAGUACACUGUGUCGGGCAAGAAAAAUGUCAGGAAGUAGUCCUCCUCAGGGUCAUCCCAUUUACGGUUUAGAUAGGCAUAAAAGGCUCGUAAGAGACAUGGAACGAGAGCAUAAUUGGACAGCUGUAGAAGAGCAUUUAAGAAGACUGAGCCGUUUAAGACCGGAUAAUACUCUCAGCGAUUCCAAUAAUGAAAAUUCCGACACUCAAGGAGCAGACAUAUCGUCGGAAGAGGACACGACCCACUACACAGGAUCUGAUGCUGCCGAUCAUGAAUUAUCGGUUGAUGUCACUGAUGGAGCCUCUUCGCCAAAUCAAACAACAGCUGGUAUUCCUGCCUUAAGCUCAGACGAAGACAAAAGGUACUGUUGGGUCUGUUUUGCAACGGACGAAGAUGAUGCGACAGCUUCCUGGGUGAAACCUUGUCACUGCCGAGGAACUACGAAAUGGGUUCACCAGGGUUGUAUACAACGUUGGGUAGACGAAAAACAAAAAGGUCGUGCCGGCACGCGAGUAGUAUGCCCACAAUGUAAUACAGAGUAUAUCAUCGUAUAUCCAAAUAUGGGACCGUUGGUUGUAAUACUGGACAAAAUAGACGGAGUAAUUUUCCGUGUCUGUCCAUUCAUAGCUGCCAGCAUUGUGGUUGGAUCCAUUUAUUGGACAGCUGUGACGUACGGUGCGGUUACAGUAAUGCAAGUAGUUGGACAUAAAGACGGUUUAACGAUGAUGGAACAAGCUGAUCCACUUGUGUUAUUAGUUGGCUUGCCGACAAUCCCAAUUAUGUUGGUUUUGGGGAAAAUGUUACGAUGGGAAGACCAGGCUCUGAGCUUACUAAGGCGGCACGCUUGUAAAGUUCCGAUUUUAAGACACUUCUUGCCUAGCAGUUAUUCUGACGAGGAUAGGACGCAGUCACAAGAAAUCCCUCCCAUGAGCGAUCCAGUUUCUGCGACGAGGGUUUUGUGCGGCGCGUUGUUACUACCAACAAUCGCAAGUAUUUGCGGCAAAAUAUUCUUUGAGAGUAUAAGCUCAAACUUUCAAAGGACAUUACUCGGCGGAGUAGCAUUUUUAUCGAUAAAAGGAGCAUUUAAAAUUUACCAUAAGCAGCAGCGAUACGUUCGACAAUGUCAAAGACGCAUAAUGGAUUAUACAGAUACUAACGUGGCCAUCUACAGAAGACAGCGAAACGCGGAGAAUCAGACCGAAAACUAAAAGUUCAAGUGAGAGUAUCUAGAAAAGUGCUCAUAAUUUCAAAUAUUUCAGUUGCAUUAUUGAUCGAUAUAAUAUAUAUAUAGUGUUUUUAUCGACCCUUUAUUGCCGUACUGUUGCCGGCGAUAGAACGCUUGUAUACGUCCAGUUUUUAAUUUGUCUGUUGAAGUUACGACAAAAUGAGGUAACAAUUAUUACACAUGACACUGGUAAAAGUGAUACUAAGUACUAGGCGCUCCCCAAACUAUCCCAAGGUUUAGGUUAACAUUCCUGUAUAAAAUACGCCGCAAAUGUAACUUAAGCCCAA